ACUGCAACUCUAUCGGUGCUUAAAAACAGGCAGCAGAGAGCCUUACUGCCUUUAAUCUGUAAAUGUACUGAUAGAUCACUAAUGAAGAAGCAAGGGGUGCUGUGAUUUGCUCUCAGAGUUGUCAGUCUAACUGAACCCAAAUGAAACCCCAAAGAUCACUCCAGGUUUAGCUCUUCCAGAAGAGUUUUGAAGACACAACUGGGUUUCUCAAUUGUCAUUUGCCAGCCCUGAAAGUAUUUAAAUUAUUUCUUACUCAUCAAGUAAGCUUUCUAACUGACUUAUCCAUGAAGCAGCCUACAGGAAUUAAUUAGUUCUCUCACCUGCAGCCCUAGUUCUCUCCCUGGCCUGGAGCAAUGGCACCAAUUAACAAGUCCCUGGUACUUCUCGCCAUUAAAGCCCCCCUGGGCUUCACACAGAUAGUUAUUCAUGUUAUUUUAUGUUUUAAAGAAAGCGUUUUCAAGAAGUCUGGCAGAAAAAAGAUUGUCUGAUGAAGACACUGAGGCCCAAGGCAACAGAAGCUGCACAGAGAAAAGAUGACUGCCCUUAAUCAGCAACAUAUGGCAAUUGUCAAUCCUCCCCCUCCAAAAUACAUCAAUACCCAAGGAACUGGUCGUUUGACCAACCAGCUUCAAUACUUGCAGAGGGUAGUUAUGAAAGCCAUGUGGAGACAUAACUUUUCUUGGCCGUUUCAUCAGCCAGUGGAUGCUGCAGGUCUAAAUCUUCCAGAUUAUUAUAAUAUUAUUACGAAACCAAUGGAUUUGACUACAAUUCAGAAGCGUUUGGAACACAACUAUUAUACAAGUGCUGCCGAGUGUAUCAAAAACUUUAAAACUAUGUUUUCAAAUUGUUAUCUGUAUAACAAGCCUGGUGAUGACAUUGUUUUCAUGGCACAGGCGCUUGAAAAAGUCUUUUUGCAAAAAAUUGCACAGAUGCCCCCAGAAGAGAAGGCCAUGAUGUUCAAUAAAGAAAAAAGAAAGGGGGAAAAAACAGAUGGUACUGACCACCCUGACAACGGAAUCUCUCAGGCUAAACCAAAACAACUUAAGAAAGUGAAGUUCUUUCCAGUAACAUCAACAGCAAAGCAAAACAUCUUUGAAUCUCCACCUACAACUGCAUCCUCAAAUGUACUGCCAAUGCCAACUACUGAAACAGUAAUGAAAGGUGUGAAAAGGAAGGCUGAUACUACUACUGCAAUAAUCACCGCAAGCAGUGAGUCCUCUCCAGCCCACAAUGAGCCCAAAAUUACAAAGAUCUUAUCUAGAGAAGAGUGUGAAGGUUCUCCAGCAAAGCAAGACUUGCCAGACUCCCAACAACCUCCUGAACCUAUCAAAAACCUAACGCUAACAGCACAGCUGAAAUAUUGCAAUGAGAUCCUUGUAGAAAUGUUCUCAAAAAAGCAUGCAACAUACGCUUGGCCUUUUUAUAAGCCAGUCGAUGUUACUGUCUUGGGCCUUGAAGACUAUCAUACGGUUAUUAAACAUCCAAUGGACCUUGGAACUAUUAAAAAAAAAAUAGAAAACUAUGAAUAUAAAGACAUACAAGAAUUUGCUGCUGAUGUUAGGCUAAUGUUUAUGAACUGCUACAGAUACAACUCUCCUGACUGUGAAGUGGUAGCAAUGGCAAGAAAGCUUCAGGAUGUCUUUGAGAUGAAGUUUGCCAAAAUUCCAGAUGAUCCCACUACAUCUAGGCCUCUCUUGCAUUCCACGGCCAGAACAAGGGUGUCUGUUUCUAGUGAAAGCAGCAGCAAUGACUCUUCCGAGGACUCAGAACAGGAAAAAGCAAGGCAGCUUGUAGAGCUCCAGGAGCAGCUUAAGGCUGUGCAUCAGCAAUUGCAAGCUUUGGCUAAAACCACCUCACCCAAACUGAAAAAGAAGAAGAAAAAGAUCGAAGGAGAGAAGAAAAAGCAAAGUGAAAAAGAAGCUAGGAAGUCAGAAGAAAAGAAAGCUGAAGAAAAGAAGCUAGGAAGUCAGAAGAAAAGAAAGCUGAAGAAACGAAAAAAGAAAAUGUCUUUGGACAUUCAAUCAAAGAAAGUCAAGCAGCAAGAUGAACCAGUAUACAAUUCUGAAGAUGAGGAUAAUGCCAAACCUAUGAAUUAUGAUGAAAAGAGGCAGUUAAGUUUGGACAUAAAUAAGCUCCCAGGAGAGAAGCUUGGCAGGGUGGUCUACAUUAUACAGUCAAGGGAACCUUUGCUCCAGCCCUCUGAUCCUGAUGAAAUAGAAAUAGACUUUGAAAAUUUGAAAGCAUCUACUUUAAGGGAACUGGAGAAAUACGUACUGGCUUGUUUAAGAAAAAGGCCCAAGAAACAUUCUGCAAAGAGGUCGAAGGAAGAACUUAAAUUUGAGAAGAAACAAGAGCUGGAAAGAAGGCUCCUAGAUGUCAAUGGGCAACUGAACCCUAAGCAACCAAAGGCAAACUCUGAAAAUCAUUUCAUCCUAAAGACUGUCAGAGGACCAUCUCGGCUAAGUGAAAGCAGCAGCAGCAGCACCAGUACCACCACUUCUGACUCUGAUAGCAGCAGCAAUGGCUCCAGCUCCUCUGAUAGUACUGAUUCUGAGUCUGAAAUGUGCUUAAAGCAGAAUGGAAACAGGCAGAAGGAUUUAUUUUGCAAAGAGCAGAUUAAGAUGCCAGUGCCUCAUCAAAGGACAUCCUGCAGUAUUGUUCACCAAGCACAAAACAUUUUGCCUAAUAGCACACAGUCCCCAAGAUCAACAGAAACCAGGUUUCCGCAUCAGAUACUGCAGAACUCUCAACCUUUACAGCGCAGCCCUCUUAAAUUGCCAGAACAAAGCGUCCUCUCUCCACCAGGCAUGGUGGCUGUUGUGUCCCCACUACAUUGCACUCCAAUUCAUCAAGCCAAUCAAAGUAGCUUACUGGAGACCUACCCUUCCGUCAUCCCAAGUCCUCACAUACUUUCAAAGGUAUCUUGUUCUUCUCCGACUCUCCUUUUGAGUGAUAGCAAAGAUAUCGGGAAAGCAUCAUUUCAACAGACACAAGCAGCUGCUCUCCAAAACAAAAUUGCUUUGGGAACUGCUGAAUCAAAACCUGUUAAUCAAGACCAAAAACUAAAGACUAGCUCACCAGAUGAUCCGUGUGGGCAACAUAUGAUUGAUUCUACACAUUCCACUGUUCCAGCAAGCUGCUCUGAUAACUGUGAGGGUAAAGCAAAGCAAGUUGCUAAGCCUUCAUUAUCUCUUACAAAGGAGAUAAAAGUUAAGCAUGCUGAUUCCUGGACAAAUUUAGGAAAAAUGAUACCUGCACCAGUCUCUGUUAAAUCCUCCAACAACAGCUUCAGACAGUUCCAAAAAGCAGCUCUAGAAAAAGAAGAAAGUGAGUGGGCAAAGGAACGCAAAAGGCAGUUGUUGGAACAAGCCAAGAGGAAACUGAAGAACCUCCCUCAGGAAAAAGAGAGAAACAAUGGAGAAACAAAAUUGGAACCCACUACAGUAAGAGCAAACUAUUCAUUCCAAGGAGUAGAGGCAUCAUCAGAAGGGCAGCUACAGUCCCCACAAAAUUUUGUCAUUGACCGUAGCCUGGCAAGAAAAAUGGAACAAGAACGCAGGAGGAGAGAAGCGAUGGCAGGUACCAUUGAUAUGAAUCUGCAGAGUGAUAUUAUGGCAACAUUUGAAGAAACUUUGUAGACAGAAGAACGGUGGACAAUAUAAUAUGGCUGCCAUUCCUUUAAAAAGUGACACUGGAUUACAAAUAUAUUUCAGUCUACUGACAUUAUUGUUAAAAAAGCUCUGUGGUGGUAUUCCAUCCAAGCAGUUGUUAAUCACUGUGAAGAGUCAAAGUAUUACUGUAAUAAGAUUGUUUUAUAAAAUGUGUGAUAUUAAAAUCAUAAAAGCAUAUCUCUUGCAAUGUAACUAAUCCAUCAGUAAUGUUUAUGGAUUAAGUUUUUGAGCACAGUCAGUUUUGUGCUACUUUUCCCACACAUUUUAACCUUCUGUUUCAGAAUUUCUUUGCUUUUGUUUUUUAAGUAAAAGUUGGAAAGUAAGAUAAGCAUAAGGUUUGCUUUGGAGUAUCCAAGUUGGUAUUUAAAAUACCUCUGAGAUGUUUGCAAAGUCUAAGAAUUGUUGGGGUUUUGUAUUUAAAUAAUUUCUAAUAAUGACUGAAGCCACCUUUGUAUGCUAUUUCAUUAUGCUUUUCCAUAUCCUUAUAAUUUUAACAAAAGUAUUUUUCUAGUUAUUUUUCCUUUUAUUUUUGGCUAAAAUGUUUUGUUUGAGGGAUUCUUUGAAAUGGCAGGCAAGAACCUUGGGUUUUUUAGAACUUUCUUUGGAUUCCUAAUUACUUAACAUUUGAAAAAAAAUCUGAUAGCUGUGAUUGUCAUUUUAUAGUAAAAACUGUAAAUAUGUCAUUGCUUUCCUUUUCCAAGCAUGUAAUUUAAAUUAUUUUCAUUUCCUUUUGAAUAUACCUGCUGUCUUUUGUAUUUGAGCAAUGUUCCUUUAUAUUCGAUAGCAUUCAUAUGAUAAUAAAAAGUUAACAUAUUA